GCCAGGGCCGCAUCAGCGGCGAUGAUGUUAUGGCGCUCUUCACAUGCACCGACUCGCCCACCAGCAUCAAAUCAGCUCCUGGCAUCUCUGGGAUCUCUGGGAUCUCGCACUCUGCCACCGCCCGGAUCUGCGCAGCAAGGGCAGCUCGUACGGCUCCUGCGGCAGGUGCGGCUACCUUGAGCCAUAUUGAGCAAGCUUCCGUCCCUUAUUUACUUCUGACCUCUCCCUCAGCUCCUGCAAGCUCUCAUUUUGCUUGCUGGCAGCUUCAUUCCUCUUGUGCAUCUCCUCGCAGCUCGCAGGAACUCGUCAAGUGACAAAUAUUGAAUCUCCUCUCAUCGUACAUUUCUUCUCCGUCGCGCUUUUUAAUUGCGUCUUCAAGUUUUGUUAACAGCAUCGUCAUUGACUUUGGCGCACGUGCUCCGUGGCAGAACCAGCAACCCAAUUGAAGCAAGAGCAGUGGCUGCCUGAAGAAGACCGUUGCUUCGUAUCCAAAGAGUCUCAUCCUUGCGCUCUCUCCUCAUCAGUCCCAGGAACCAGAUCAAUCGGCCGCAAUGACUACGCAGACGACCCUCAAACCACCCUCUGCCGAGGUGCUCAAGAGCUACCCAUUUGGAAAGAUCGAGCCGUAUUCGACUAAAUACUUCGCCGCGUGCAUGCUGGGCGGCGUCGUCGCAUGCGGACCUACCCACACCCUUGUUACACCUCUUGAUUUGGUCAAGACCCGCCGUCAAGUCGACCCGAAGAUCUAUAAAUCAAACCUCCAAGGAUGGAGUUCCAUCUACGCAAAAGAAGGUGUUCGUGGCGUGUUCUUUGGCUGGACACCGACGUUCGUCGGGUACUCCUUCCAGGGUCUUGGGAAAUACGGCUUCUACGAAAUCUUCAAGCACCAGUACGGCGACAACAUGUUCCCCAACAGCAACCGCACUCUAGUUUAUCUAGGUGCCAGCGCCACGGCAGAAUUCAUUGCAGACAUCCUCUUGUGUCCGUGGGAAGCCAUCAAAGUCCGCAUGCAGACGACACUACCGCCAUACGCGAACAACUUGCGGGAGGGAUGGACCAAAAUCGUCGACAAGGAGGGCAUUGCCGGGUUGUACAAGGGUCUCUACCCGCUCUGGGGCCGUCAAAUCCCGUACACAAUGUGCAAGUUCGCAACCUUUGAAGAGACGGUUAAGAUCAUCUAUCGACAACUCGGCAAGCCCAAGGAGAGCUACAACAGUCUACAACAAACAGGUGUGAGUUUCCUGGCUGGUUAUAUUGCCGGUAUCGCCUGCGCCAUCGUCAGUCAUCCCGCCGACGUCAUGGUCAGCAAACUGAACUCGGACCGCCAAGCUGGUGAAUCUGCUGGAAAAGCCAUGAGCCGGAUCUACGGCAACAUUGGAUUCACAGGUCUCUGGAAUGGUUUGCCAGUCAGAAUCGUCAUGAUUGGAACGUUGACUGGAUUCCAAUGGCUGAUCUACGAUUCCUUUAAGGUCUGGCUCGGUCUGCCGACCACUGGCGGUCACUAGACCAUCUUACGCGGGAUCGUUCGAGGACAACAUCACACAUCCGAACCUGCUAUGCAGGAACGGCAUUACUACAUUCAGUCCCACAACCUUGAGCGCGACGCCUUCGAGCAACGACAAACGACCAUCACAUUUUUGAGAGAAACGAUAUUAUGACCAUGUGCACACAUUUCUUGCCUCGAGCACAUGUCUCCCCUUCUUGAGCAGUCUUUUUCCCAACUAGCCCUCUAUAUAGCGCGCGGGAACAAUUUGCAGGGUUCGCUUACGAGAAAUUGAGCAACACAAUUUCCCCGCGGGCUCAACCAGUAUGCAUCCCCAUCAGACCGAGACACUUCAUGUCGAAAGGUUGUCCUACGAUAUGUCUUCACACAUCCUUCCGAAUCUACGCCCUGCACUCUCUCGAUUCCGAAAAGCCCCAGAUUUCGACUGAAUUGGCGGCGGAAGACGGGGGAAUGUGGUGCUCUAGUAAGGUUUAUUAAGGCACAGCAGGAGGAGAAUAGAAUGCAGAUCCGUGAUGACGACUUGAGCAACACUUCACGGUCUCUCGGUACCAGCAAAACAGAUCAGAAGAGUCUCACCGCCUUCUAUUUCUCUCCUGAACUCUCGAACCCGCUGCCUUCCUCCCAGGUCCAGCUCAACUUGGCUACGCAGACAGCUUGGCAGGGCCGCGGACCACGAUAUGUUCAUUUCAGUUCCCGUUUCAUGGUUCUUAUGGGGAGAAAAGCAAACCGACCAAUAGAUCUACUGUUUGCCGCUUUGGAAUAGUUCCUGUCUUUUGCUGAUUGGUACAAAGCAGGGGUUGGGCACAUUGUGCGGAUCAGAAUGGGUUCCCGGGAUUCCAGAGCCUGUUCGAAUUGUCACGCAUGGUUUCCUCGGGGAGGAUAUUAGCUGGGUACCUAGGUCGUUAGAUGAGCAUGGAAAACCAGAGAUAGACCGGGACAUUUGUGUAACACGCAGGUAGAACAGGACAAGGUAUACUACUGCAUACGUUUGCCCGCCUGCCCUUCUACUCACUUCGUUCUGAUUGCGUGCUAACGAGUCCGAUUUGGGCGAUGAAACAAGGAAAUAGGGACAUGAUGACCCGGUGUCAUCGAAUCUGCUCACAACAUAUGUAAUAG